ACCAUCAUAUGUGUAAAGAUGAAACUUUCACAAAAUGUGUAACUAAUAAUCAUAAUUCAUUUCUCAAAAUUUCAGCUCGAUCCGUCUGGCGCAAAAAAAGUCGAUUUUUCAAUCUCUCUCAUAAUGUAUUUAAGUGAGUUCAACCGUAUAAAAAUACAUUAUAGCUCUAACUAGACAUUUUAUAGGUGAGGGCCUACUUCUAGUCUCCUUCUUGUGGUUCUGGUUUUAUGGUGUUGGCAAGUGAAUGGGAAAAGAAUUUUCAUAUGAUCAAAAAGUACAGCGAUGACUAUUCUAGCAGACACAGGAUUCCGACAAAAAAUGAAUGAUGAAGGAUGAAAUUCUAAAAAUACAUCAUGUUCUCCAGAUCGAAUGCUAGAUAUAUUUGGUUCAAUUUUCAGAAAUUCCUUUCGUGUCGGUCCGCUAUCCAAAUAGGAACAACUUUGCAAUACACUACCUUUUGCGUUACGCCAGCGAAGUGGUGUUCUUUUUAAGUCCAAAAUACCAGUAUAUGUUCAGCCCAUAAUGAAACAUGUUAGAAAGAUAAUGAAUUAAGUUACGAGGAGCAUGAAAAGCAAGAAUUCUGUCCUCUCAGUAACGUCUCCACUUUUGUGCGUCACAACGCCUUUUUUAAAAAAUCAUUUGGAUCGAUACUUGCCAAUAUUACUAUUUUAGACAAAUUAUCCUUUUUUACUUAUUUUUUUAGAAUUUCAAUCACGAUAAAACUAGCGGAAUCUAUCACAAUAGUGAUGGUAGUAUAGAUACCUUAUCAUUCUGGAGUGGAUUUAAAUAUGUUAUUGACCUUCUAUGGAAUUAUUUAACUGCAAAAACGAUACUUAACCCUUUAGAACUUGAAGAGCGCACAAAGAACGAUAAUCUGAAAUUGAAUACCUUUCAAUUAGUCAUCUUGGGCUUGGGAGGUAUAACAGGAUGUGGCAUAUAUGUACUUGGCGGUCAAGCCGCUGCCGAAUUUUGUGGAUCAUCAAUCAUUCUGUCCUUCAUUAUUGCAUUUACUGUUGCUUGUCUUGGUGCUUUAACCUACACCGAAUUAGCAAGUAUGAUGUCCAUUUAUGGUGCAGGUUAUACUUAUACAUAUGCAACAACAGGUGAGAUUUUUGCUUGGAUUGUUGGAUGGGAAUUGUUACUUGAAUAUUUGGUAUCAGCCGCGGCAAUACCUACUGUAUGGUCCCACUAUUCAGUAUAUUUUUUUCAAAUAUACAAUAAAUGGAAUAAUGAACGACAGAAUGAUUGA